GUGCAUGUGGGGGUGCAUGGGGGGGGCCAUGGGGCAGCCCCGGCAUGACCGGCUCCUGCUGAGAUUGGCCUUCCUCCUCCUCUCACAAGGGCUGCUGGCGCGGGGCCUCGACUACAACCAGCCCCCUGAGAACUACACCGUGCGCCAGGGUGACAAUGCCACGCUGAGCUCCAACAUCCUCUUCGCUGGGCGCGACAAAUGGUCACUGGACCCACGCGUGCAGCUCCUGGCGCACAGUGCUGCCGAGUUUGCCAUUGCCAUCGCCCGUGUGGACGCCUAUGACGAGGGGCUCUACACCUGCUCCUUCCAGACCCGCCUGCGCCCCCACACUGCCCAGCUCUACCUCAUUGUGCAGGUCCCUGCCCGGAUAACGAACAUCUCGUCCUCGGUGACGGUGAACGAGAGCAGCAACGUCAACCUGCUCUGCCUGGCGGCUGGCAAACCCGAGCCCAGUGUCACCUGGCAGCAGCUGAAAGAUGGCUUCACCAGUGAGGGCGAGUACCUGGAGAUCACAGGGAUCACGCGAGAGCAGGCCGGCGAGUACAAGUGCAUCACAGACAACGGCGUUGCCUCCUCUGACAGCCGCACUGUGCUGGUCACUGUCAACUACCCACCGGUCAUCUCAGAGACGAAGAACUUAAAUCCCCCCCUGGGUAAGUCAGCCAUCCUGCGCUGUGAGGCCAUGGCCGUGCCCCCCGCCAACUUCGAGUGGUUCAAGGAUGACAAGCUGCUGACUGGGCGCCUGGAGGGACUGGAGAUCCGCAAUGAGCGCACACGCUCCAUGCUGCACUUCGCCAACGUCAGCGCCUGGCACUACGGCAACUACACCUGCCUGGCCUCCAACAAGCUGGGCACCUCCAGCAUCAGCCUGAGGCUCAUCCGCCCUGAUGCCCUGGAGAGCGCGGCUGGGCUGGGCCUGGGGUCUCCCAUUGUCUUGGGGCUGCUGGCGUCGGCCUUUGUGACCCUGCUGCUGAGGCUCUAGGGGUGGCAGCGGCGCCGGGGACUCCCCAUCCAAGGGCUUUAGGCGCGCGAGCGAGGGGAAGAGGAGCCGGGACCUGCUCCCGCGGCGCCGGAGUGAGAGAGAGAGAGAGAAAACGAGGGGAAAAAAAAGAAAAAGAAAAAAAAAAAGCAAGAAAAAAUACAAAAAAAACCACCCAACACUGUGAAGGAACCAAAACCCCGUGAAUUCACCCUGAACCCGAGCCAUCUGCAUCACCUGUCCCGCUGCCGGAGAGACUGCGCUGGAGCGCCCUGAAAGGGUUAAGGACCACCAGCCUUGCCCUGUGGAGCCCCGCCCACUGCUGGCAAGCCCUGCCCAUGCCCCUGGGAGGGGGUUAAGAGGGUGCCUGGUAAGCCCCGCCAGCUGGGGGGAGCCAUGCCCCCCUCCUGGCUUUGGCAGAGCAGGGAGUGAAAGGGUUAAGGUCUGGGGGUGAGGCUGUACCCCCCCUCCUGGCUGAAGCCCUGCCCUCCCAGCCUAGACCCGCCCCCCGCUCUGGGAACGAAAGGGUUAAGAGCUGUGGGUGAGGCUCCACCCCUGUCCUGUCUGCAGCCUGCCCUCCCAGCCUGGCCCCGCCCCCAUCUGCCUGCUUUGGGAGCUAUUGGUUUAAGAGUUCCAACCCCCUUUCGCUGAAGUCCCACCCCCCCGCUGCCGGUUUUGGACAUGAAAGGGUUACGGGAAGCAAGCCCUGCCCCCCCUUCUACCCGGAGCCCUGCCUCUCCUAGCUGGCAAGCUCCGCCCCCCUUAGGCCAUCAGUGGGCUUGAAAAGGCCAGCCCCACCCCUGUAGCCCCACCCCCACCCUCAUAAGCCCCACCCCCAAUUAGGGUGGAUUAUGUGGCCUCCCAUCAGUGUGUGUGUGGGGGAGUAAUCUGAAUGCGCUGGUGGAACAGGGGUUAAUAAAAGCAAGCCCCGCCCCCUCCCAUAGGGUUCGU